UAGUGUUUACAAACAACUACUUGGGCCCAUGGAGUGGCGCCUGGGAUCUACCGGAACCCGUGACGCGAUUUUACCCUUUGGUUCUCAAUACCGCUGUCAGGUUCAAAGGUUCAGAUUGAUACGACGCCUGGCGCACUUAUCUCUUGGGAUCACGGGGGAAGUUGAUAGAUUUAUUUUCGUUUUCCUGUUGAUUUUUUUAUCGAAGAGACGGUGCCCAACGCUGGCUUGGCUGAUAGGUGCCAGGGUUAGAGGGUCUUGGUGGGCUCCUGGUUUGCCCACAGGGUAUGGCUGGCUCCUGCCUGCCAGUGUGUUUGUCCCCCACAAGAUGCGUGUAUUUCCGCCAAAAGACGACGUGUAUAUAGCUGCAGCGCUUUGCGAUAUACUCAUAAGGAAAUGCUGGGACACAUCCGGCAUCACUUCCAUUGUGGCCCAAAAAGUCCAACCACAACAUCAUGAAAUUUACCCACAUAAGAAGUAAAGUUACAUGGAUAAAGUUACAAAACACCCAACAAAAAAAUUCAAAACGGCCAAUAAAGAAUGGCAAAUGAAAAGCAUUAAAAAUGAUAUAUUAAAGGUGUUACAUUCAUACCUAAUAUUUCCCACGUUUUAUGGGCUAAUUUCACGGAGAGAAAUUAUAAUUUCAACAUGUCAUGUGAACUUGGGCAACAACCAAGAGAUCCUGUCUGUAAAAGAUUUAACCACAUCUAGCAUAUUUCCCAUGCCCAAGCCUUGAAAUCUCAUUUUCAAAAGAAAGAAGGCCCAUUUUUUACUGGACAAAUACCUCUGCAACUGGAAAAAAAGAACCAUAGAAUUUUGUUUUAAAUAUGCUCAGUGGCUUUCUCAAAGCCCAAUUAUUUCUUGUAAUGUUGCCUCUGUCUAUGAACUUGGUCCUAACAUCCUAAGCAAAUCCACACAUUCCUAGCUUCAGUGAGUUUUUGUUCAUCGAAUCAGAUACUGUAGCUCCAUGAGAAUGUCUCCAAAGUCUCCUAAUCAUCAAUUGCUCGGAGAAACCCUGACACGAUAUUAUAGACUCGCCUGUGAAUUAUACAAUACUUACCCUAUCGGGCGUUUCACCCACCAACUCUCUCGGGGAAGUUUGGAUCUUAGUUUAUCUGAAGUUGAUCUUGACCAUUUGGAAGCAUUAUGUCAUAUCGUUCAAAACAAGAUAACUCCUUUGGAUAUUCACAUAUAUAUUCCAGCUCUAAAAGAAGUUGGACUGAGGGUCAUUCAGCGAAUUCUACAGGGAAUCAGUUUAUGUCUGUCAAAGUCACUCACUCUUACAACUCUUGAACUAGACAAUGUAAGACUGAAAGGGAAGAAUCUCAAUAUAUUCUGUCAGGGGCUUAUGAAAUCCAAAAAUUUGAAAACAUUGAGCUUAAAAAAAUGUGAUCUUGGAGAUGCAGGAGCACAACAUGUAUGCCAAAAUAUAAAAAAUGUACCCAGCAUUACACAUCUUUGUUUGAUUGACUGCCAGAUAGGAGAAAAAGGAGCUUCAGCUAUUGCCAGUUUGAUACAGCACCAAAGGAUCAAUCGAGAUAGUGCAAUGUGGCAAGAUACUCUUCGAUUACGACGGCCACAACUUGAUGGAAUGAAAGGUCUUCGCAGAAUAACUCUCAACCACAAUCCUCAGUUGAACGACAGUGGAGCAGUUGCUGUUGCCAGUGCCUUAACAGAAGAUUUAUGGAUCAAAGCUCUGGAUCUUCAACACUGUGGUAUUGGUGCUGAAGGAGGGCAAGUGCUGAGGGAUGUUCUCAAUACCAAUCAGACACUAGAGAUUCUAGAUUUAAGGCAAAAUCCAUUUGUCCCUAGCCAGUUGGUGAAUGAAGUGAAAGAAAUGCUCCAGGGACGACAUGAUGAGUACGGUGUGCAGUACAUGUGGUUGGAGCCAUCAGAAAGUUAUGCAGUAAAGCAAGCAGCACCUGUUAAGACUGGUGGCAGCCCAAGCAAGUAUUCAGCAACUGGAGUAAUAACUAAAAUUAAAAACCGCUCUACUCCUCACACUCAACUCCAAAAAACGCCAAAUCCUCCUGGACAGCUAGGGAUUCCAUGGAGAGUUGAGCAUAGGUUGUUUGAGAGAAGAGAGGGUUUAAUGCCUGGAUCACUGGUGGAUGCCUUUCCUAAAGAACAACAGAGCCAUGCUAUAGCAUCAGCUGCCUAUCAGCAGCCUGAACCACAUGAUUCAGUGAGUCUGCUUACCAUUAGAAAAGAAUUGAGUCUUUACAAGAGAAAAUAUAAGCGAGAGAGAGAAAAGAGAAAGCAUGUUGAAAAAAAACUAACUCAUCUGCAAGCACGGUUGAAAGAUAUUCAUUUAUUAGAUGAAGAAACUGUCUCUCACAUUGAAGCCUGCUUUUUAAAGUUUCAGACAUUUUUAACUCAUUUGCAAAACAGUGGAUUUCCUUGGCAGCCAACCUUAUUCCACGAAUCAGAAGCAAGACAAACUGAAAUUAAUGACAAAUUACAACUUGGUUCUAGUCCAACCUCGUCAGAAUGUUUGGAAGAAACAGAGUUUAAUGCAUUAGGCAUGAAGGUUGUAAAUUCUCAACCCCCUUCAAGUAUUCCUAUUCCAAUAUUCUUCAAAAAUAGAACAUAUGCUGAAGGUGGUUUGUGUUUUCCCCCCAAAAUUGUAGAAUUUGGUAAUCACCUACAAACAGAGAAAAUUGUGCAAGAUCUAGUGUCUGCAUGUUUUGCUCUGAAUUUAAAUGCAUCAGAAAAAACAGAUGAUGUAGUGCCUGACAAGAAUGAUGAAAAUUACUUAAAACUUCAUAAUGAUAUUAAAGCUGGGAGAAAUAUGUUACCUAUAUUUUCAAAAGAUUCAAAAGAAGUAAGUGGGGAUGAAAUAGUAUGUGAUGUGAUGAUUGGUGGCAACAGUAAGGACAUAAAAGCAGAUGAGAAAAUUUCCAAUGAAGCAAAUGAUGCUGAGAGUAAAUUAUUUGAUGAAGUAAAAGCACCAGAAAAGAAAUUUUGUGAUGAAAUGGGUGACAAUACUAAGAAAAAGUUACCUAAACAAGAAGAGAGAUUUGAAAGAAGGGUUUCUUCUCAAGUAGAGGAUUCUGGGAAAACCUCGUACUAUGAAGUAGAGGAGGCUGAGGGAAAUUUAUCUAAUGAAAUAAAUGGCCUUAAGACAAAGUCAUCUAAUAAAGUCGGGGAUACUGAAAAAAGGUAUCUUACUGAAGUAAUGGGCACUAAGAGAAAAAUUUAUAAUACACCCAAGGUCAGUAAGAAAAACAUUCCUUUAACAAUUUCAAAUCAGAAUAGCUUUGAAGAAAAAACAGUGAAAUGGCAUGAGAAAUAUGCUGUGAACAAAUAUAAUGCAAGAAAUACAAAUAAGAGUGCAAGCGAUGAACCAUUGAGCUAUGAGAAUGAAAUGGUCGUCGUUGGAUGGGAAGGGGACAUAAAUAAUGAGUGUCCUGCUAGUCAGAUCAAUCAAGAAAUAUCUCAUGAUGAUAAUAUAAAAAACAAUACAAAAGAAAUUGAACAAAUUGAUUUAAAAUUACAAAAUGAACAGGUAAAUAAAGAAUUAAAUAGCUUAGUAGUGGGAAGCAAUGCUUUAAUGCAUUUAAAUAGGCAGGCACCUACCAGAUAUAACAAUACUGUGAAUUCUGACCACAAUGUUGAAGCUCAAGAACAAAGUCAUUCAUUUAAAUCAAACAAAACUGUUCAAGUAAAGAAAUUUAUGAAUCUUUCUAACACAUUUCAGUUUAGAGAUGGGGAAAUGGGUACAGUAGGACAGGACUCUCAACAUAUGAAAGCUGGGUCAAACACUGAAGUCAGUGAAACAGAUGAUGAUAAACUCAGAAUGCAAACAGCAUCUUUACUUUUGUUGAACAGAAGUGGGUCAGCCUCCUCAGUGAGCAUCACAGAGCACCUUAGCCACUCUCAUUCUCUCUGGAGUAAACAAAUACACAGAAAGACAGAUAAAGCACCUACAGUAGGUGUGAUAAAAACUCAAAACAGUGAUGAUGGAAUGUGUAUUGAAUACAAGUCAAACAUUCCUCAGUUGGCUCUUUUAAAAAAUGAACCCAGUCCUGUGGAGUAUGGCAGUGAUUUUGAAGUCAGUGAUAAUGAGGGCAUUAGUAUUUCUUCCUCAUCAUUAGCCAGUACAUCUAUUCCUGAAGAUUUACUGACACCAGGAGAAGAGGAAUUUUGAUUCUACAAGCACCAUAUUAAUUUUGUCAAGAACUACUACUACUAUGCUGGCCAUACUACCUGCCAAAAAAUCCUAUGAGGGUCAUUACUCUUAUGUCUAGUUCACAACUUUCACUAAUCGCCUUUUCACUUUUAAUUUGCAGUAUAAUUAUGUACUGGUAUAGGCAUAUCUGAUGCUUUAUAUGAUUACAUAGUAAUAAUGUUCCAUAUAUUAAUGAAAAAUCACUACAUAUUCCAUAUUACGUGGUACCUAAAACAAUGUUUAUAGUCAAGUCUAGUCAUUUGUCAAUGCAACUUUGAUUUUAGUAUAAUUUGUUAAUUGUGUGCAAGUUAUUUAAAUAAAGUAAGAUUUAAA